AUGAGCAAAAGAAGAAGAUCUUCGUCGACUCGACAGGAGGAUGAAAAAAAAAAACAUAGAAUCUUGACACUUGCCGAUCGGUCGAUACGCAUUUGUACAUGUGUCAAUGCACAUGAGCUAAGAGAUGCUCUUUCUUCACAUUACUCGUUGCAUACGGUAUCGGUAUACUCUAAAUUGAUCAAGAAUCAUUGGAUAGACAAGGAAGACAUGUGUCCAAUGCAUAGAGCCAAAGUUGAAAGGGGACUACUUCCAUCAUACAAUUUCGAACAGGGUCUUAGACCAGAGUACCGAGUAUGUCGCUUUAUCGUUGACGACAGUAAAAGUUGGAGGAGAUCAUUGUCACGUGUCUCUAAAAGAGUAUUCUCGUUUGUAUCAACAUCGUUGUACACUGACAUUACAAUCAGGCCGUCGCGUGACACAUGGGAGCAUAUCAGUAACAACUAUUGUCUCUUGAAAAAGGCUACCACUCUUACUGUACUCCCUGCAGUACGUUUGGUAUUCUUUCCAGCAGUGACCGAUCAAAUUCAUCAUUUGGCUGCCAACAAUUUGUACUCUAGUGUCGAAAAGAUUCAUUUGCUUGAAGAGGUUGCUGAUUUGGACAAGAUGGCUUGUGCAAUGCCUCGUCUCAAGAGUAUGGUCCAACACUGUGAAUUGAGCGAAUUCACAAUCACCAAAUGGCUCACCAACUUUAAGAACCUUACAUCCAUCAACCUAUUAAAUUCCAAGUUGAUCGGCUUUGAUGUUGAUCAACUGCCAUCGAUGAUUAAAGCUGAUAGCCAACUGCGUAAAAUCUUAUUACCCAAAUAUUUCAAUUGGAAUACACUGGAUGUAGCAGUUAAACAAAGGUUAUCAAUCAUAUCAAUGAGAUCGGAAUCUCCAUCACACAAAUCCACCAUUAACUAUGCAGAGAUCCAACAACAAGACUUUCCAAAACUCAAGCAUGUGCACUUGGUACAAAUUCUCAGUGAUACCAACAGGGUUGUCUGGGACCAAUUAGUUUUGCCUGAAAGUGUCGUUAAACUUACACUCUGUACACCUCCACCAAAUGUAAACCCAUUUACACGCAACAAACAUAUUAGAACCGUUAGAUUUAAAAACUCAAAGACUCCCAAUUAUUCUGAUAUCCCCAUCAUGACCAUCCACCUAUUGCUUUCGAAAAAAGCAUUGUUGUUUGGUCAAACCAAUCUAUCUAAAAUCAUCAUCGACACUCCAGUUGAUGUUGUUGAUACUGAUAUCAUUCAAUUUAAAGAAAUGGGUUACAGAUUUAUUGGAUCAACCCCUUCUAGCAAUGAUCAAUAUAGAUAG